AUGGAUUUGUACAAAUUCUAUCCAUUAGCUUUUCUUGCUUCAUCUUCUAUUCGUGCAAUUUUCUAUCCAUUAAAUCUUGUCAAAUCUAGAUUGCAAUUACAAAAACAAAAUCAUGUUUACACUGGAAUGCGGCAUGCAUUCUCUUCUGUUUAUAAAAGAGAAGGCUUUUCAGCACUUUAUAGGGGUUUUUGGAUAACACUUCCACAAAUUGGCGCAAGCUGUAUAUACUCAACAAUUUAUGAAAAAGCUAGAAGUGUUCUUCAUUUGAGAGCGAAUAUUGAAUCGCCAUUGUUAGUCUCUGCUUUGGCAGGUGGAAUAGCUUCUGUUUCUGCCCAAUUUAUUUUUGUUCCAACUGAUAUUGUCAGUCAACAUAUGAUGAUUUACAACAAUCCAAAACAAUUUCUUGGCAGCAGUGUAAACAAAGCAGCAAUUAUUAAUUUAUUAGGCAUUGAUGGACCCAAAACUAUUGGAAGCAGUCGAAAUUAUUAUACGUCUUCACUUUUGGGUUUGAGAGUUGUAAAAGCUAUUCAUAAAGCUGAUGGAAUUACUGGAUUUUAUAGAGGUUUCUUCUCUUCUUUACUUCUUUACUUACCUCAUUCAAUGUGUUUUUGGUCCGCUUAUUAUUCCUGGCUAGGCUUUUUUAAACGAAGUUUUGGCAUUGAUUCAAGAAUCGAAUCUGCACCAGAAAAUUUUCGUUCACUUCUAGCUCUACAAUCAAUAUCUGGGGCAUUAGGAGGCACUACAGCAGCGCUUUGCACUAACUGUUUGGAACUUUUGAGGAUUAGAAUACAGGUCCACAGAACUGGUUAUCUUGAAACUAUAAAAUGCCUUUAUUCGGAGGAAGGAAGAAAUGUGUUUACUAAAGGAUUAGCACCUCGAAUGAUAAAUAAUGGUAUUUUUAUUUCUAAAUUUAAAAUAAAAUUUUAUAGGCCUUCAAAGCUUUUUUGUCAUUACCGGUUAUGA